UGCCGUCGCUGUACCAGCUGCUUUGGAAUUACUUUAAUUUCCCGUUCGAUGACAUGAACCUCUGAAUGCCGUAGCAAUACCUACCACUGUAAUGUCGACAGGUCGUAAUUCAUUUAUCUAAAAUAAAGUAGAUUAAAUAGCCUUUAUCACAAAACAGAACUGUUUGGGGCCAUAUAUAGCUAAAACACCGUAAAAAUGAAAUAAUACUAGAAACCCCGAAAGUGAAAUAUCUGUUUAAUUACUCAUGUGCGUCUUUUUCUGGACAGAGCGAGUCGAUUUCUUUGAUAUGCAUAUGUCUCUGCUGUGUGCGAACAGUUUGUAUAUUUCUUAGUCUCCCACAGGAAGUAAUCUUACACUAUGGGGGUGAUCUGUCUGGAGCUACGCUUUCCUGGAAGAGGAGGGUAUGGCUAUGGUCCCAGGCAAUGAACAGUUCGGUGGUCUAUGGUUGCGUUCACGUUGGAUAUUUACUGCGUAGUUCCUGGGGUGAUUUUAACAGUAAGAAGCUUGCUCAUUAAAAUUUUCUGGGCUCAUUUGAACGACACUCCAAGUGCUUUACAAUGAUGAGGGGGAACUCAACCACCACCAAUGUGUAACACCCACCUGCAUGACGCACGGCAGCCAUUGUGCGCCAGAACGCUCACCACACAUUAGCCAAGGUUGAGAGGGAGAUAACAAUUUUUAACCAAUUAUAUCAGGGAAUUAUUAGAUGGCAAGUCGAGAAUUUAGGCAAUUUACAAGUAUCAUGGGAUCUUUAUUGACCACGAGGGAAGAUUGCCCCCUGCUGGCCCAGCAACACCACUUCCUGCAGCACUGCUAUGGUUAUAGAUUAAGCCUCUUCUGGUAGCCACUCCAGUUUCAAAAGGGCACUACUUGUAAAAUGGCCAGCUCAGCAGCUAGUGGAUUUGUGGUCGUCACCCAGGUGUACCCUCAGCAAAGUGGUCCUACUGCACCAGCUUUCUGCACUACCUCACAUGUUUCCUCUGCGUUGGGAAAGUUUCUGAAAGGACAUCCAAAGGCACUGGGGACAGUGCAAAUAAUGAUUGGAGAUCUGAUCAUAAUAUUUGGCAUCGUAAUGUCCGUCAUUGCUGACAGCAUUGGUUUUUACUCUGGGAUUGUUUUCUGGGGAGCGCUUAUUUACAUGUCCGCAGGAGCUCUGACUAUGGCUGCGAACGACAAACUGAACAAAUGCCGGGUGAGAGGAGCACUUGGGAUGAACAUCAUCAGCACCAUCACUGCUGGCAUUGCAAUAAUCAUUUUCUCUCUGGACUUUGGUAUUAUGAUGAGUUAUGACUGCUCUGAUAGUGAGAAGUCAUAUCCCUACUACAAUUGUCGAAGGGUUCAUCAUACGACCGCGUCACAGUGGAUGACAGGAGUGCUGCUGGUUUUCUCCAUCCUGGAGUUCAUCAUCUCCAUCUGUGUGUCAGCAUUCGCCUGCAGAGCAGUGUGUGACUGCUCCACAGAGCAAGUUUUAUAUAUGGCACCCACAAGCAAUCAAGUUGCAUCAGAAAAUCUCAGCACAGCACCAAAUACUUAUGAGAUGACAAUUUCUGUCAGGUUGUGCGAAGGGGUUCGGACCCAAGAGCAGAGCCAAAAAAAUUGCAGAAGUCCAAAAUGGAAGGAGAACAAGACUUUACUAACAAGGGGGAAACAAAAGGGAACAAAAGGGAACAAAGAGCCUCGCAGGGCGACCUUCAACAACGAAGGAAAACUACAGAACGCAGAAACAAAGAAAAUCCAGAAAAUACAAAAACACUAGGAAACCAGGACUUGGGCAGGAACACUUGGAGCAGGUGAGAGGAGCACUUGGAAUGAAUAUCAUCAGCAGCAUAACUGCUGGCCUUGCGAUAAUCCUGUUCUCCCUGGACUUUGUUGUUGAAAUGAGAUAUUCCUGCUCUGGCAGUGACAAUUCAUAUGCCUGUGCUUGUAACCGAAAGGUCGCAGGUUCAAUUCCCGGGUAAGGACACUGCCGUUGUACCCUUGAGCAAGGUACUUAACCUGCAUUGCUUCAGUAUAUAUCCAGCUGUAUAAAUGGAUACAAUGUAAAAAAAAUGCUAUGUAAAAACUUGUGUAAGUCGCUCUGGAUAAGAGCGUCUGCUAAAUGCCUCUAAUGUAAUGUAAUGUUAAUGUGUUAUAUGACUAUGACUCAGCUGAUGUCAUUAGGAGAGAACCCUUCUAACUUGUAAUUGAACGCAUUCUUGAUCACAUGGGCUCCAUAAAUGAAAUAAAGAUUUAGCUACUGACAAUCAUACUGAAAAUAUUUUAACAAGUCUUAAGUGUUUAUUAUGCAAAAGUCCAAGUCUGCAGAAUGUAAAUGUAGGAGUGAGUGAUUGACUGCUGCUGAUCUGUUCUGUUUCCCUGUUGUUGGUUUUCUCCAACCUGGAGUUCAUCAUCUCCAUCUGCUCAAAUAAAGAAUAUCAACGUCUUAA